GCAUUAUGGAUCAAGUGACAUAACUUUAAUAGAAUUUAUUUGAUUCACUAAAGUAUUGCUUAGUGUGUCAGAAUUUGAAUUUAACGUGCAUGGUGUAUUCAUUAAUACAUUCCGAGUACGGCUUAGUGCAGUGUAAUUAAUUAAACGUGUUUCAGAAUAGAAAUGUGAAGAGCCGCGAACAUGAUUUGCGCUUAUUUGAUACAUGAAAUUUGAAAAUUAAAAGUUGUAAUGUCGUAAAAUUGGUAUCUAUAGGGUACAAAGCCAAUGGAAUAAUGUCCAACUAGUUGCUAAUCCGGGAUUGGUCAGUAAGUCAAAUGCUUGCGCGACAAGAAGCGCAAUGUGCAUAUUUAUGGUUAUCAAUAAAAAUGGUGGAGAAGUGUUUAUAUGAUUUGUGAAGUUUCUGUGGUAGGCUGAGAUGGAGGUGAAGAGAGGUCAGUUUCUUUGACUGAAGAUGUUGGGAUUACGUGUUUGGGAAUUACCAUCAUGAUAAUGACAUUGCUGGGGGAUCGAAAUGCCCAGAAAAGUAAAGGCAGUGUUCGAGAAGCAGGAAUUGGAUACGAAAAUGGCCCAACGAAACGUCUUCGAAAAGAAACACAGAUCAACACGGAAGGGGGUUGAUUCUUUACGAAGCUGUGAUGAACUUCAGUUUUUAGAAGAGACUUGUGUGGCACCAGUACCAGUUUCUGCUGAAUGCUUUGUAUUUCCUCCACCCCCUCCUUCACAUCUUCAACCUCGACGUCCAGUAUCAGCUUGCUCUCAUUGUUAUAGUGCCUCUGAUUCUGACAGCCAGUCUGACUCGGGCAGAGGUCUUGGUGGACGCUCCUCCCCUAUCACAAUUCGCCAUCCAUUGUUCACAUUCAGAGGUUACCAGAGUGAUGGCAGUCCAGUUGCAUUGCAUUCGCUCCCCCGUUUCCUUCCACCAAUUGGUGUGUUUUGGGAUAUUGAAAAUUGCCAGGUACCAAAAGGUAGAUCAGCUGUUGCAGUGGCUCAGAUUAUUAGAGACAGAUUCUUCGAUGGCUACCGUGAAGCUGAGUUCCUUGUAGUGUGUGAUGUUAAGAAAGAAAACAGCCAAGUAAUUCAGGAACUGAAUGAUGCACAGGUGAACUUGAUUCAUGUGGCAUCCACAUGUAAAAAUGCAGCAGACGAGAAGUUACGCCAGUCAAUUCGCCGCUUUGCCGAUAUUCAUGGUAGUCCAGCGGCCAUCAUACUUAUCUCUGGUGAUAUAAAUUUUGCAGCUGACCUGACUGAUCUUCGACAUAGGAAGAAGUUUCAUGUUAUUCUUCUGCACAACAGUUCUGCUUCUGAAGCCUUGAUCCUCUGUGCUUCUGAACACUACAACUUCGCCAGCUUGAUGGAAGAUCUACCACUGCGUGGCACUAUUAAGUCAAAUUAUCAGCCAGUGGAGAUUGUAGUGUCAAAUUUGCCUGAGGAUAAGGAUCAAACUCGCAUCAAGAAUCGCUUGAAACAGCUCUCUGGAAACUGUGGUGGAAGGGUAUUAUCUAUUAUAAAAUCCACCGCUACUCUCCGCUUCUCAACAGGCGAGUUUGCAACAAGAGCUCAGAAGCGGAUGGAUGGAGAAGAUGUGUUUGGUCGCAAAAUCACUGUUGCCUAUCCAAAUAGGGUUCUGGAGCGGGAUAAGAAAGAGGGGUCACCCUUGAAAACUCAAUCAGUAAGGAAGCAGAAAUGCAGCUUGAAGGAGGAGGAUGAGAACCAGCAACUUGCCCACACUGCCAUUGGGUCUACCUCUUGCGAACAGUCUGCAUCUUUUUCAAGCCUCUACCAUUCUACACCAGCAGGACUUAAUGUACUCAGCUCAAUUCCAGUCCCUGAUUUUAUUCCGCGAUCGCCGCAGAAUGGCUGGAAUGUACUAGCCAAUGGGAACACUUUCUCUGCUGCACUGUCAUCAGAAUUCAAUUACCCAUUACAUAAUCAAGAGAAUUGUUGGUAUGAAAGUGCAAUGUUUAGAAGUCCUUCAGCUGAAUGCAUUGAAUUUUCAACAAAUAGCAAGAAGAACUCAAGAAAUCAGUCCCCUCUCACAGGUGCAUGGCAGGGGGUAAAAGGAUCAGCUGCAGAGGAGCUGAAGCUGUUAACGGGGACAGUAAACCAAGAAGUAAAGACACGCAUUAUGACAGCCAAUGGGAACUCAGAGAAAACUCCAGAAGGUUAUCGAAGGAUCAGGGGUACUCAUCGAGCGUGUGUCAAUGACGAGAACUCCAGGAUUCAGCAGUACCAGGAACAGUUUUCAGCAGUUUCUUCCCACCACCCCAUUACAACCUUCAGCAACUUUCUGUCGCGCAAUUUGGGGCCAUACAGUCGUAAUGAGGUUUCUGUCCUGAAUAAUGUCGCUGCAGGAAGAAAGUGUAGAACGCCAUCUCCAUACACAGUGUCGGGAGCGGAUAGAGAAGGGUGGCAGUCACAGAACACGACCUGCAGCGAUACCGAACGUGAGGAGCUUGAACAUUACUUUCAUCCCAUUUCAUCUUCAAAGCUGGGAACAAAUGGUUCACUGUUAAGUAGUGCACCCUGCAAUAAUCCAGUAGUACUUCAAGUUACAAACCUGGACCAGAACAUUGAUGCCAAAGAUCUGAAGAGAAUGCUGCUCUCUGUGUUUAGAGAACAUGUGAUGGUUCUUCAUGUAUCUGUGUUUGUGCAAUCAGAUGGUAAUUAUGCAGCUCAUGUGAAAGUGCCUUCGUUGCAAGAUGCUCAGUAUGCAAUAUCACAGCUGCACCGACGGAAAGUCGGGUACAAACGAAUCCUCAUAUCAUAUGCCAAUAGUGGUGGUCCCAGUCCACAACUCAUAAGGGCACAGAUUAUUUCUCUGCUCCUGGAAGUGCCAGGGCAUUGCCUGCCUUUGUUCAAAUUCCAUGAGCUGUUUGAGAGCCGCUACCUCACAUCCAUUAGUAUGUCGGACAUGUACAAAAUGAAAGAUGUUUGUCUGAUAUCAGAGGAGUCUACGGGGCGGAUGGUGAUCCUGAAUCCUGACCACCGUAACACCCCGUCACCAAUUUUAACCUCAUCAGUGCAGGAUGGCCAGUCCAUGGAACUUCCGUUCUGCAUUCUUCAUUCACGUAAAUCGGGACCAGACAAAGGAUGGGCCGAACAGGAAAUGGGAGUGUUGCCAAAUGUUCGCAUUGGACUCAGAGCGUUUGCUGUACAUAUUCACAUAUUGCUUCAAACACACAAUGGUAGUCUACCACUUCCCAGUCUGCCUAAUUGCUAUGAAGCACAAUUUGAGAUUCUGGAAGUGGAUGACACAGGUGUGCCAUUAGAACAUCUUGUAAGCUGCCUGCCUGGUAUUGAGAUCUACCAAGGAGUUGGUUGUGUCAAAUAUCUGCGCUGGCUUAAGAGUAAAGCAAAUGAAGAUGGGCAAAUCGAUGAUCCGAUAAAGUGUGUCAGUCCUGCUCUUGCCACCCAGAUGGCUCUGUUCAGUAGAGAGCUUGUGGAUCUACUGAAAACCUCCCCACACUGUCAGUUACUUUUCAGCCGGUUUAUCCCUGCAUAUCACCACCAUUUUGGAAGACAGUGCAGAGUAGCAGAUUAUGGUUUCACAAAGCUCAUAGAUCUCAUGGAGGCUUUGUCACAUGUUGUGCAAGUAAUGGGAGAUGGCAAUAAAAGAGUUAUAACUCUCUCACAUCGAGCCCAAGUACGUCGCUUCACGUCUGAUCUACUACGAGUUCUGAAGUCGCAGGCAAGCAAACAAGUUACUAUGUCAGAGUUUCCUGCGGUCUACCAGCGUGUUCUUAAUCGACCAUGGGACAUUGUGGAUUAUGGUGUCUGUGAAUUCAGAGACAUGCUGGGAGAAGUGUCAGAGAAUGCAGUUGUCGUCUCAACUCAGGAAGAUGGCGAUGUAGUAAUUUCAAUACCAAAGAGAGAACAAACACCAGAAGAAAUUGAAAAGACUAAACAGUUCGCAGGAGAGGUAGUAGAGCUUUUGCGCCAUGCUCCCCAGUGCAGUAUGCUGUUCAACAAAUUUAUUCCCGCUUAUCAUCAUCAUUAUGGCCACCAGUGUCGAGUUGCUGAUUAUGGCUUCACAAAGCUCAUUGAACUGUUUGAAGCUAUUCCGCAGGUUGCUAAGAUUGAAGAAGAUGGUGAAGGCGAGCGUAAAGUGAUGCUCACAUUAGAGGAACGGCUCAGGGUACUGGCAGAGCAGAUUUCGGCUCUGGUACGCAGCCGUCGCUCAAAUAUGUCACUUUCUGCUCUGUCCAUGGCAUUUCUCCGUCAGCAUGGUUAUGCUCUCAAACCUAAGGCUUAUGAAUGUUCAGAUUUGGAGCAGCUAAUAAAACGCUUAUAUCAUUCUGUUGCAAUUGUGUCCUCAUCAUGUGGACCUAUGGUGACGCUAGUGGAUCGUGCUAAGUUGCACCAGUUAAGUCUCCAGGUCCGACGUAUCCUCAUGGAACAACCUUCUGGCAAGAUGUUUGCUGGAGAAUUUCUCCGGACUUUCUGGAAUUAUUUCAACCAGUCUCUUGAUCUGAAUGAAAUUGAUAAGCAGCUAGCUGGAAUCAUACGGGUAACAAAACAUGGCGGAGAAAGAGUAAUAGAGCUUACACCAAUACAAAUGUUUGCGCGCAAUAUGUAUCACCUGCUGUUCGAGUCCGAUGGUCGCCUGCCUCUGUCAGCGUUUGAGUCCGCAUACCUUCGCAUGUUUGGCGUUGUUUGCCAGCCAUCACAAUUUGGACAGUCCACUAUCUUAUCACUGCUUCAGUCCAUACCAGGCACAGUCCUGUUGAGAGGGAAAUCAAACAAGAAGACAUUAAUUCUGAACAAGGAUUUGGCAUCGGUGGGUAUACCGCUUCCUGCAAAUUUCAAUAAACAAAAUGGAGCCCAUAUUGAUGACGGUGAUCCAGUGUCCAGUGGUGAUUCUGAAAUUCAUUCAGAUUGUGCCACUAAACUACUAGCAUCUGAAAGAGUAGCUGAUACAGCAGUCCAGACAGAGUCAAAAGAGCAGUUGACAGAAGUUGAUAGCUCAGCUGAUAAAUUCUUGAAGAGUAUAUUGGGCAAUGGCAUGUUUGAUUCACCUACUUCUCCAAAGGAGGACUCACAUGCGAAGGCUUUUACAGAGAAGUUAUGCAGCACAAACCAUCGACCCUCAACAUGGGGCCUUAUGUGGGGAGGAGCCAGUCCUCCACAGUAUGCACCCUACUGCCAUUCGACAGCAUUCAGUGCUUAUAUGGGAGGAACCACACCACCAUGGCCUAAGGCUGCGUCGAACACUGCAGAUACUUCUCCCACAAAGAGUCUGUUACCUUCACAUUCCAGCUCUCUGUCUGUGAAUUCAUCUCCAUCCUUCAAUUUCCCUUCAGGUUGUCUGCCCCAUGUUGUUCCUCCUGAUCCCAGUGAACUUCCACUCCCGCAGCUGAUCGGAUCAAGGGCAGGAGGCAGCAGAGCAUCAGAAGAUACCGAGGACGAUCAGUGGAGCAGCAAACCGAGCGGUGAUGCAGAGAAGGAUGGAAACCAUAAAAAUGAUAGAGCCAUGUCUACUGCUGGGGAUAGUCUUGAUAGUUCAAAUGUUAGCAUUGAAAUGGCAGAGAGUGGACUUAGCACCCCAAACAGAACUAGGCGCAAGAGGCGCUUAGCUGCUCAGUUCAACACUCCAAUAGAAAUGCCAUGACAGCCUCGCGGCCAGCAGCAUUGAACCAAAGUACCUGAAGCAGCAGUCAGGAGUAUUAUUUUGUAUAGCACAAAUGUCAUGUUUUAUUAGUACCAAGUAUAUAUGUAUCAUAUGUAAGUAGAUACUGGUUGUGAAUCAUCAUCCAUGUCUGAAAUGACCAUCAUGCAAUGCAGUUUCAUGGCCCAAGUACAUAAUGUUUUUGUUUACAUUACAUGGUACAGUGCAACAUUUUAUUCCCAGCAUUUAGUGAUGUGUGUGUGUGUGUGCUUGGCACUUGGAUAUUAAAUUUCCAAUCUUUUCCUUGAAUUCUGUACUAUUUUGAAUACAGACGAGAGUAGAAAAUCCAAAUUUGCAAAGUUUGCUUUUGAGUUCACGUAUUUACGUAUGACAUGUAAAUUAAAAUCAUGUUUGUGUUGAAGUUCUGUACCACCAGCAUGGCACUGACACAUAGGAACUUAAGGGAAAGAUUUUUUGUUUGUCUAUUGAUUUAUUUGGAAUGCAUAUUUAAAUAAGGGGUGUAUUACAAAUCUAGAUGUUGAGUUUGCUGUUGAGAUGAUGUAAUAAGUAUGUUAUUGCUUUAAAGGCCAAGAUACAUUACUGUACUUUUCUUUGUAAAUUAAAUAUGGAACUUAUAUCUAGCUAUGCAUAUUUACUUUCUGAUUCAUACUAUUGUUAAAAGUAGCCAAAAGAGUGAAUCACAAUUUUGAAGCUUUAUUAUAGUUUUGCAGUUUUUGUUAUUAUGCAACAAGCAAUAUGAUAUGAAUCUUUCAUGCUUUUAUGUUUGAAAACUAAGUUAUCAAAAUUGUUUGUGAUUUAAAAAUUAAUUUUGAGAGAUAGAGGUUUGGGCACCAAGAUGUAUGUAAAUAUUUUGUUUACAUUGAGGGAUGAAAAUGUUUUAAUCAUUGCUUUACAUUAUAUAGAUGUUUACAAUUUAAGAUAAAGAAGUGAUGUGUACAUAAGUUCCAGCUCACAGUUCACUUCUGUCAGGUCACAUGCAUCAGGGCCCCCCCCCCAAAGAAUGUAGAUUUGUGGUGAUUUGGUGUUCACUUUCUGAACUGGUUUCCAUUGUGAUUUUUUUUUGGUCUGAAAGCGUACUUAGCCGCUCAUGUAUGUACACCAAUGUGCAUUAUAACUUGGAAGUACUUACUUUGUUUUGUCUGUGUAUUGUUGGAGCAUGGGUUUAUGGAUGUUUAUUAACAAGAGAUGAUGCUGGUUUUAUAAUUCCAAGGUCAUGUGGCAUUGACGUUCAGUAUUUUAUCAAAGAGUGAAAUGUCUUUAAUAAUGUAAAACUUGGUAUCUUACUGAAGGUGCAUGCAGUAUUUGGUAUAUUAUAUGAACCAAUGAUAUUGGUGGUUGUCAGUGAAGGAUAGGAAAAAGUAGGCAAAGAUACCAAAGAAGUUAUUUAUGACUGGUUUAUUUUUUUCUUGAGACAGAGGAAAGGUGGAAGGUGGUGGACAGUCCUCCAAGAAGGCAAGGUCCUCUAGUGUAUCACUCAAGUUAUCUUUGACUAUUAAGCAAGGUACUGAGUGAGUAACGUAAGAGAAUGUUAUUCAUGUUCAGUUGAAGAAAGUCUUAAAAAUAAAUAUACCGCCAUGCCAUCGUGUAAAAACCGUUACUUACAUGUUGAGGUAUAUUUCCUUUUAGACUAUAUAAGAGAGGCUUUUUAAUUGUUUUUAAAGUGGCAUCUAUAGUGAAUAUAGGUGCAUGUGCCUUAAUCGAUACACUGCGUAUCGGUUGGCUAUGAUAUUCAGGUGAUGGAAGAGGAGAAAUGAUCAUGCACCUUCCAUCUGUCUUCAAGUUCCUUGUAGUGUAGGAGAGUUCACUUGAAUCAGAAUGUUGAAUCUUGAAGGGACAUAACUGAUGUGGGUAUGUAAUUUGCUUCCUAGUGAAUGACCUGAGGUAUACCAAUGCCACGUUUUUCAUUACAUUAGUGAACUCUUUUCCGUCCUUAAUGCAGAAAUGUAGACUUUAAGAGUACGCUUGGUGCCCAGAACAUUUCAUUUCACAAAUUGAAUCCUGUUUGGUAAAUAAAGAACUAAAACAAAAAAGUUAAAUAAUUCCUAAUUUUAGUUUUAAGUUGCUGUGUAAUCAGAUUCAAAUUAUUCCUGAAGUGAAAAAGAAUGUAUAAGUAGUUGAUUAAUUAUCUAUGCAACUCUAAAAUUUGAAAUGUUAAAAUAUUACCUGCUGAUAAAUUGUUUUGCAUGUUUUAAGUAGCAGUCGAUCAUCUUAUGAUCACUAUUGUAGAGAAAGAUAUUGAAGCUGCGUUGUGGCACUAAUUCUUCAUUGUUUUAAAUGUCAUCAGCUGUAUAUCAUGUUUAAGAGAUUUUAAUUUUGAAUACAGGAAUUUUUUUGUGAUCCUGAACUGGGGGGUUCUGUUCACAGGGACAGAAAACUGCCUUUCUGGUAUUUUAUGUGUAAAAUUUAUAUGCAAGUAAAUACUGUAUUUUGGUGAGAA